CACGGGUCUUACAGUUCACGUUGAAGAAAACUUUGUCAUUCUCUUCUCUGAUCUCACAAUGCACGAGCUUAAGGUCUUACCUCGGGACUUGCAGCUAUGCUCAGAGACUGCAUCUGGGGUGGAUGCAGGAGAACAGCAUGAAUGGGGGGAGCUGGUACAGCUAGAUCCACAAACUGUGGGCGUCAUUGUUCGGCUGGAGAGAGAGACCUUCCAGGUACUUAACAUGCAUGGUAAGGUGCUAACGGUGCGGCACCAGGCAGUGAAUAGACGGAAGGACAAUCGCUUUGCUGUCGCCCUGGACUCUGAGCAGAACAACAUCCAUGUAAAAGACAUUGUCAAAGUCAUAGAUGGACCACAUUCGGUAAGCGAAGAUCAUCCUGUACGUCUCACUGAACUGAAGAAUAGCAUCCAGUAUCUUUGUCAAAAUGUUUUGUAA